AUUAACCACAUUCCAGAGAGGCGCAGCGCAUCCUGUCUUCAUCCCCGCAUUCCUUUUACGCAAACGAGUCCCCUGUGUAAAACGGUAUUUUAUUUAGAUUUUCGUGCGCUCGCUGUGCCCAGACUGAAAUGCUAUUGAUAUUUACGGCGUGUGUGAUUCUCCAGCCUACUUUAAUCCCGGGCAUAGCGGCCGUGAGAGAAAUCUAGAGGAAAAACCAACAAGGGGAAAUUCCUCCGCGCAGCGCGCCAUUGACUGUAAAGACCUUUCAACUUAACAAAAACUGAAGUUGACAAACGUAUCCCUGUCGGCCGAAACUGUGAGAAGGAGUUUGUUUUCUCGGCGGAGGGGGCAAGGCAGAGGAAGAAGACGGCGAUGCGGCACACGGUGGAGGUUUCCGAGGACGUUGCUGGUUGUCUGUAGACGAGCGACGGCUGUACCGCGGCGUUUUGUUUUGAUUUCCAUGUGAAACGCAAUUAGUGCUCCGCGGCGCUCGCUAGUUUGGCUCGCGGAGCGGAGCGGCACUCCGAACUUGUCCCUCGCCUCGCGAGCACAACAUGGAGCGUUACCAGGAGGAUCUGGGACUCCGGGCCAGCAAAUUGAUGGAGGACCUCUCCCUGUACGAUGCCUUCAACGACGGGAUGUACAACUCGCGGAGAGACUUGGCGGUCAACCCCGACUUAGACUUCUCGUCCUCGGCUGCGGCGGAGCAUAAAAGUAAGCCAAUGAAUGGCACCUCUGUGCUCCACCAGCAGCAUCACACGGUGGAGAACUUCACGUCGGGAAACAAAGUGUACAACGCGGCCCCAGUGCGCCCGGUGAACUGCAGCCGGACCGUUCCGGUGGAUUUUUGUGCCCCUCAGAGGGACGCGGGUUACGGCGAGGAGGGCUGCUGCACCAAAUCCGAAGUGGCUUUGCCCUGCUACACGGGCGCUUCCGAGAGGCACCGGAGGUACUCCCUGGAGGUGCAGGGCCACAGGUACAGCACCGGCUCCGCCUUCGACGGCGUGCCCCUCAACAAACCGGCGGCUCUCCCCGGCAACAGGUGCAACAGCGUCUGCAUUACCAGCAGCCACGACGGGAGAUAUAACGCCACCAGUCCUCGGUCCAGCCUGGCGUCUUCUCUCUCCUCUCAGGAGCAGAGCAAGCAUGCCAGCCCGAGGUCGAGCAUCAGCAGCCCGCGCACCAGUCUGGUGGUACCGGGUCAGGACAGAUACACGAGCCCCAGGUCUAGUUUGGUCCACUGCGAGGGCAACAGCGUCCUCAGCCCCAGAUCCAGCUAUGCAAGCACCGCCAGCGACACGAGUAAACACUCCAGCCCCCGGGCCAGCCUCAACAGCUGUGACUGCUGCAGCAAGCCCAGCAGCAACCGCACCAGCGGCAUCAGCAUGGGCUACGACCAGAGGCACACCAGCCCCAGGUCGAGCACGGCCAGCCAGUACUCCUUCACCACCAGCCCGAGGUCCAGCUACUCCGACUCGCGGUACGGGCCCGGGGUCAGCCACGAUCUGGAGGGGGCGAUUUUACACGCCGCACCGCUGGCGAGUCCUCGCUCGAGCAUCUGCAGCCAGGACGGGAGCGCCAGACCGGGGGCCGCCGCAAACUGCGUGGUCAGUCCCCGGUCCAGCAUCUCCAGUCACAGUUCCAGGAGCUCCCGCAGCUCCAGGGGGUCUAUGAGCACCUACCCCGACCUGCAGCUGCCCUCGCCCAGGUCGUCCAUGCUGGGUGGCGGUUUGCACGAGGAUACGCUGCUCCAGGAGUUUGGGGACUCCAACGGGAUCCAAAGUCGCGUCCAUCUCCAGGGGCUCUCGGCGGUGCCCGAGCCUCAGCAGCAGUCGGCUCAGACGGAGAUGACCGCGGGGUCGCCAUCGUCAUUUGGUUAUGGGAUGUCCUCCAAAACAGCUUCCUCGGGCCAGAGGUUCAAGCUACCGUACCAGGUGACCCCCAGCCGAGAGAGUGGGCCAAGUCAGGCGGAGCGACGGCUGGAGGCGCUCACCUUGGAGCUGGAAAAGGAGUUAGAGAUGCACAUGAAAAAGGAAUACUUUGGCAUCUGUGUCAAAUGCGGGAAGGGUGUGUAUGGAGCCAGCCAAGCCUGCCAGGCCAUGGGGAACCUGUAUCACACGAACUGCUUCACCUGCUGCUCCUGUGGCAGGAGGCUGCGAGGGAAAGCGUUCUACAACGUCAACGGAAAGGUGUAUUGUGAGGAGGAUUUCCUGUACUCUGGUUUCCAGCAGACAGCUGAGAAGUGCUUCGUGUGUGGUCACCUCAUCAUGGAGAUGAUCCUCCAGGCACUGGGCAAGUCCUACCAUCCAGGCUGUUUCCGCUGUGUGGUGUGUAAAGAGGGUCUAGAUGGAGUGCCUUUCACCGUGGACGUUGAGAACAACAUCUACUGUGUCAAAGACUACCACACGGUUUUUGCUCCCAAGUGCGCCUCCUGCAACCAGCCUAUCCUUCCAGCCCAGGGCUCUGAGGAAACCAUCCGGGUUGUUUCUAUGGACAAGGACUACCAUGUGGAGUGUUACCACUGUGAGGACUGUGGUCUCAAGCUAAACGACGAGGAGGGCCACCGCUGUUAUCCGCUGGAGGGCCACCUGCUCUGCCACAGCUGCCACAUCCAUCGGCUCCAGUCGCAGGUCCCUGCCCACCCGCCCCCCAGCUACCCCCUCCAUGUCACCGAGCUGUGAGGGGGGAGGAGGGUGGGCAGCAACCAAGCCCUGCCUCCCAGGUGAUCUGGGACACUAACAGUGGGCUAAAUAAGGCCUGCAUCCCCUCCAGCAGUUCCAGGGAAGCCUCUGUGUGGCCAUGCAAGCUUCUGCCCCUGUCCUAGACUGGACAGCCAGACCAUGGACUAACACACACAGUGCAGCUACCACCACAAGCCCUGCUGUCACAUGACAGGGCUGGGAAAAAGGGUCUCCCUCCUCCUCCAUCUGUGGUCCUUUCCUCCCCCCUUCCCCUAGGGUACCUAACCCUGACAGCCAACACGCCGGCUCAUCCAGAGGCCCCUGGUGACGUCACUCCUCCUGACCCCUGCACAUUCAUCAAAGGGAUGGUUUUUGGAUUGGAGGAAAGAAUGAAAACUCCUCUCUCUCCUUGCUUCCCUCUCUUCCCUUUCCAUGUUUUUCAUUCCUGUGCUCUGACUGAAGCAGUUUACAGCACUGGACUCACCAGCACUGUCACGUCUGAGAACGCUGCUGAUCUCGGCGUCAGGAAGGCCAGGGAACGAGCCACUACAUUCCAGUGCUGGCUGGACCGGACAGGCCCCGGGGUGGGCAUGCCGUGCCUUCUGAGCGGGCCCUCUCUGUGCAGCUACUAACACUGAAAUGGAGCCCUUCUAAAGGCUAUGCAAAGGACACCCAUUAUCACCACACAGGGCAAUGAGAAAAAAACUGUUGACUCAUCGCUCCUCACCCUGCACCACCCCAACAUAACAGAUGCACCGUAGCACCACGAGCCCAGAGGACCGACUGACAUUCCACUUAGAAAUCUUAGCUGAGACCUCGAGAGAUUCACAAGCAGUGUCUUAAUUAAUGAUUAUAUUAUGACAGAAAAAGAAAAUUUUAGAUGCACAUAGAUUGUCUUUUAUAUAUGAAUAUAUAUUUUGCAGAUGUUUUCCACAUAAGAUCGUAGAUGUAGAUUCUCUCUUUCUUUUUUUUUUUUUUUUUGUUUUUUUGUUGUUGCUGCGCUCGUGAUGGAGGUGAAACACGCUGCCUGUCACGCAGUCUGAAGCCUCUGAAGUCUUUGGGUCUGUUGUAUCAUUUCUCCUCCAAAGCACAGAGCCUCUUCAUAUCUGUCAUUGGCUCAGAGAUCCACAGGCUUUGUAGGAGCAGACUUGGCUCAAAUAGUAUUUGCCUGCAGUUGUUUUAUUCCUCUUUGAGUCCCAAAUGUGAGUUCCCAAAUCUGGCAGCAAAUUAGUUUGUUUUACAAGGCAUAACCCCUCCCUCUAUUGACUGCAGACAGCUGUAAUACGUCAAACAUUUCUGCAAAACUUUAAAUGUUAUUGUAUUAUGUUUAAUCUUAAGCAUUGUACUUAUUGUUGAUGCCAUAAAAUUUGAAAGUAUAAGUGAAUUGAAAAAUGUUUUUAACAAUUGGAAAUGGCAUAGAUCUUGAUCAUUGUAUAUAUUUGCGUUCCAGUUGAUGCUAGUGCUCUAUGUUUUAAACAUACAGGCUGAACAGAUUUAACCGUCCCAGCACACCGGCUUCAAUGAGGCAGCAUUAAAAGCUCUAUGUGACGUUUUUUGUAUAUUUUUCUUUACAAGUUUCGUAAUUAAUUCCCUCAAAAUGUAGCAAAUUAAUUUAUCUUAACAAAGUCUGACCUUCUGUCAAGUGUGCCACUGUUGUGCCAAACCAUCUCACAGAGCUGUAGGAUUAAUCUGAGAAAUCUGAGAUUUUAACAAGAAAUAAGUCUUUAAAUACAAACAUUUAGGCCUUUUGGCGGAAGACUAAAAGACACUCAGCAGUUGUCAUAGAAGGCAGAGACAAUACAAACUGUUUUUACUCUGAUGGUAAAUGUAUGUUAAAAACAUACAGGAAGAUAAAUAGACCAUUGUACACCAUGUUGUGUGCUACAGGGGCCUCCUCAGAGGCAAAAAGAUCUGGACUAUUUGCAGUUAGAUUUAUGCAAUUUCAAUAAAAAUAGCCAUGCAUAUGUGUCGGUAAAAUUUUUAUAUAUUUAUACUGCAACAAUGCUUUGACUGGCAGUCUGAAUUGCUCUGUAGGUUAACCUGAAAUCAUUUGGAGACUUAAAUGAUUUUUUUUUUUUUUUUUUUGACCAGCCGGCAGGAAGUAGCUACAUUCCUUGAAAAGAGAUAAAUGUGAAAGAUCUCAGCUAAAUUUGAAAGUAAUUUUCUGUCAGUGACACUUCCCACGCCACUGUCUGAAUGUGGCAUAUUGCCAUCUGGUACUCAAAGAAGAAUAAAACAUUGCAUGACUGUUUUCAAAUACCGUUUGCUCCAGGUCCGUUCAGGACCCUGUUUCCUGGUAUGUUUUGCAGACACUGGUUUUUGUCACAUGAGCACUGAGAACACAGUGCGUUCCGACGAGGAACCUCCACUUGUCCGCAUGCCUUAGGACAGAACAGGUAUGUUUGUGUGUCUCGCUCAUGGGCCUGUACCACGAAGCGAGUUCAACUUAGCCUGGCUCUCCUGGGGUUACCUGGCGUCACUGAGCUGAACGCCGGCCGUCCUGGAUGACCUGUAUCACGAAGCUGGUUACCAGCUGGCUGUAUUUAACUCUGUUAAAUACAGAGUUAACAGAGACAUCGUAUUUGGCUGCAGUGAUGGCAUAAGAGUGUAAAAGCAUUGACACUGUCAGGAAUCUUAGUAGAGUUCAAAUGCAGCUGUGGGCGUCAUUAUGUAGUUAUUUAGUGGUAAACUCUCCCUCUGUUUCUUUGUUUGAAUCUGUUUUAAAACCAGUGACAAAUGGAAAGCUUGGAACAGCAAAACGAUUCUGCUCAUCUAUGAAAAUGUCUAUUGCUCUUUAUUAUUUGUCACUUUAUCGCAAACUCUUUUUGUCCAUGUCGGGAUCCCGUAGGGAUGAUGACUCUGCUUUUCCAGUGAUCUGAUUGGUCAGUGGCCAGGCUGUUGACAGGUUUUGAUCUGAUCCUCUGAAUUCAGCCUGCUCUGGAGCAGGUUAGCCCUGUGGCAUAGGUUAUCGUGGUGAUUUACCCCAGUUAAAAGUGAGCCAGUGUUAACCCGAGUUAAGCCCAAAGAUAGCUGGAUGACCCCCUAAUCUGGCUUCGUGGUACAGGCCCCUGGUCUGCAGUGAAGUCUGCUGUUGUGGUCUGGGGGGAUGGCCCUGAAAACCUGGAGCUGCUGGUCCCACCCACAUUUUUAGGGAGUCCCCCCACCAUGUUUCCCUUGCUGGUUGUGUGCGUGCGUGCGUGCGUGCGUGUGUGUGUGUGUGUGUGUGUGUGUGUGUGUGUGUGUGUGUGAGAGUGUGCGGGCAGGCACUUGCAUGGAUGUGUUUCAGUUAGUACUGUGUGUAUGUGUAUAUAUGCAAAACUAAAUCUACAUGAGACAAAAAUGAACAAGUAAAUAAACUUGAAACUCUGAGUUGUGGUGGUGCUGGAAGAAUAGUCUCACCCCUCUCCACUGGGUUUCUGUUAAUAAAGGGGUUUUAGAGGAUUGGCCCUCGAUAGAUCAUUCCCUCUACAUGAAAGGUUACAAGCCUGAAUUCAAGAUAUUUUAGGGAACUUCUGCUUUUGAGGAAAACUCUGCUUCAUCCCUGCCCCAAGUAAAUCUGAGCUGCUGCACAUUUAUGCAGAUAAACCCCAACUAUGUGUGCUUACUUCAAAUAUGAGCAAAUUGUGUAAAUGUCUUAAGUAUGUAUUCGAGAGUGUGUGUGUGAGUGUGUUUGUGUGUGAGUGUGUUUGUGUGUUUGUGUGUGUGUGUGUGUGAGUGUGCGUGUGUGCGUGUGUGUGUGCGUGUGUGUACUAGUGGCAGGGCCAUGGCACAUGCAUCUCACUGUGUUUUCUGGGCAGCAACGCAUCCAACACAGUGACCCCUGCUCUUUCUGUUAUAACCCAGCGAUGAUUUUGAUGUUGCUGUCUGUCCACCAUGUGCUUUGUUCCAGAUGUUUGUGGCUAAUUCUUGGUGUUUGUUUUAACUUUGAUCUAGUACCACGUCGAUGGGGGUUUACACAUCACAUGUUCCAGGAGCUGAUAAUCGUAUGAUCCUAUGACUGUAGCACUCUGGUAUUCAGUCCGGAGCAAAACAAUCGCCAACUAUUAUUUGCAAACACUGGCCCAGCUCUUAUUCAUACUGUGAUACUGUAAAAGACACAGGCCUGAAUAAAUACUACUGAAUGUGUCACAGACAGAGACUGAAGCAGAGACUGAAGGCAGGGGUCACCACAGACAGAAAGUGCUUUUUAAUGUAACCUGAUGUAAUGAGAUUCAUUCGAAUGUAAUAAUGGUUAGUGUUUGUUCUCCUCCCAGUUGUAUAUUUGUAAAAGCAGAAAAGAAAAGGACUGCAUACUGUACGUGAGACAUUCCUUUUGUCGUUGGAUGUGUUUGACCUCAACUUUGUACAAGGGUUCUGGUCAAGUAAUGUGUGCUAUACUUGAAGAAUGAGGUAUUUUCUGGACUUCUGUGCACAAUAUCAACCCCCAAGAAAAACUUAACAAGACCAGAGUGUAUCCCCAUUGAAAGAUGUUUUAAUUCCCCCGUUUAAAAAGUACUACUUAAGUUUCUAUUGCAUAGCACACAGGUAGUUACCCUGUACAUAAAGAGGCUAGUUUUUUAUUUUAUUUUUCUGUCAAAAAUCACUUGGAAAGAGAAGACUGUUUCUCCUACUGGUAGUUCCAAUAAGCACAUCUCGACACCUGUCACACAUCUUUUGUAUCUCUAAGUGUUUGAUUACCUAGAUGGUUCAUAAAAAAAGGAAACUAGAUCUAUUUAUCUAAACAUGAAAAAAGUCUAAAGUUAUUUAAUGUAUUAAAAAUCGGGACGUAUCAUUUAACUGUAGAUGACAUAAUCUGCUUUUUCAA